CAAAAAUAGCUCACACCGUCAAAAAAAAAAAAAAAAAAAUCCCGCUCAUCCAACUUGUAGCUCCUCCAGCGGUUAGCCGCGCUGUCUUCCUCUCCUCCACCUGCAGGACAGCUGCGCGCCGCCUGCCACGUCUCUCCUCUGGAGUGGACGCGUAAAGUGGGGGCGCACUGCUCAGCCAUCAGAGCCCCGCGCAGAGAGAUGUGCAGCAGUGACUGAGGAGAGCAGCGCCGGGCUCAUCGUCCACCUCCACUCCGAAGAUUCUUGUGCGCAGGCUCUUAGUUGAAGGACAGUUUUCUUUCUUCUUCUUCUUCUUCUUCUUCUUUUUUUCCCCCUUGGCGUGGUUUUGCUUUUUUGGCAUCCCCACCUUCCCCGAAAGAGAGAGAGAGAGAGAGGGAGGGAGAGAGAGAGCGGAGGCACAUUGUCUGUGGCGCAGCGCGACAGUGCGGUGUCCGAUUACAAGCCGUGCGCCGAGGAGCCACCGGCACAGAGCGCUUCACUGUGGGGCAGAAAUAGCACACGGGGGCUCCGGAGGGACGACAGACAGCACAGAGGGAUCUCUGCAGACACAGAGAGAAGGAGUUUAACCGAAGCACGCUUUUUUUUUUCUCUCCCUUACAAGUGACACAGCACAACUGAGGAUAUAUCAUCUUCAGCUCAUCUUUUUCCCCCCUUUUGUUUUUUGUCCUUUUCCACUCUUCUCAGCGGGACGAGACGCGCAGCUUCGCUCCUCAUAGAUGAACGGGAGUUGGGCACCUCACUUGGUGUGUCUCUCCAAUGCUCUUGGCCCCUGAGGCCUGAGGAGAAGUGAGCCGAGCCCAGGCCCCAAUGGGACGCCCUGUUACCCAGCAUGCACUGCUGCUGCUGCAGUGCAUGCUGGUCCUGCGGCCUGGAAGCGUGGCCAGUAGGAGAGGGCCGGUGCUGCUGCCGGAGUCGCCCUGUCACAAGACGGAGCACCCGCUCAUCCCACACUCCGAGAUGGAGCCGUGGAUCUUCAGGUUCAAGGCGGAGGGCACGGUGGAUUACUCACAGCUGACCUUCGACCCCGGCCAGAACGAACUGAUCGUCGGUGCCAGAAAUCACCUCUUCAGGCUCAAUCUGGAAGACCUGACACUGAUCCAGGAGGCUGAGUGGCACUGCGAUGAGUUCACCAAGGGAGCCUGCUUCAGUCGUGGAAAAUCUGAGGAGGAGUGCCAGAACUACAUCAGGGUGCUGCUGGUGAAUGGGAACAGGCUGUUUACCUGCGGAACCAACGCCUUCACCCCCAUCUGCACCAACCGAACGCUGACAAAUUUGACAGAGAUCCAUGAUCAGAUCAGCGGGAUGGCCAGGUGUCCCUACAACCCCCUCCACAACUCCACUGCUCUCAUCACCUCCAGCGGGGAGCUUUACGCUGCCACGGCCAUGGACUUCUCCGGGCGAGACCCCGCCAUCUACCGCAGCCUGGGCGGCCUGCCACCGCUGCGCACCGCACAGUACAACUCAAAGUGGCUGAACGAGCCGAACUUCGUCUCCUCCUAUGAUAUCGGCAAUUUCACGUACUUCUUCUUCCGGGAGAACGCGGUGGAGCACGACUGUGGCCGGACGGUGUUCUCCCGAGCGGGCCGCGUCUGUAAGAACGACAUCGGCGGCCGCUUCCUCCUGGAGGACACGUGGACCACCUUCAUGAAGGCCAGGCUGAACUGCUCCCGGCCAGGAGAAAUCCCCUUUAACUAUAACGAGCUUCAGGGAACAUUUUACCUGCCUGAGCUGGAGCUACUCUAUGGCAUUUUCACUACCAACGUAAACAGCAUUGCUGCAUCUGCGGUGUGUGCCUUCAAUCUUAGCGCCAUAUCACAGGUUUUCAACGGGCCCUUCAAGUACCAGGAGAACUCGCGGUCAGCGUGGCUGCCCUACCCCAACCCCAACCCGGACUUUCAGUGCGGCACCAUUGACUCCGGCUCCUACGUGAACCUGACUGAAAGAAACCUGCAGGACGCUCAGAAGUUUCUGCUGAUGCACGAGGUGGUCCAGCCCGUGGUUCCCGUGCCCUACUUCAUGGAGGACAACGUGCGCUUCACUCAUGUGGCGGUGGAUGUGGUGCAGGGGAAAGAUAUGCUGUUACACAUCAUAUACUUGGCUACUGAUUACGGUACUAUCAGGAAAGUGCUCUCUCCUCUCAAUCUGUCCACGGGGAGCUGCCUAUUGGAGGAAAUCGAGCUGUUCCCACCCAGGAAGAGGCAGCCGAUCCGGAGCCUGCUGAUCCUGCACAGCCGGAGCGAGCUUUAUGUGGGUGUUAGAGAUCAGGUCAUCAAGAUCCCGCUCAAGAGAUGCAGCUACCACAAGAGCAGAGAGGCCUGUGUGGGGGCCAGGGACCCAUACUGUGGUUGGGACCUGUUGUUGAAGAAAUGCACCACGCUGGAGGAGAGUGUCAGAAUGAGCCAGUGGGAGCAGAGCAUCACAAAAUGCCCCAUCCGCAACGUGACUGUGGACGGAGGCUUCGGCUCCUGGUCAGGCUGGUCUACAUGUAGUCAUAAUGAUGGAGGCAGCGCGGGGUCCUGUCUAUGUCGGACACGAGCCUGUGAUAACCCCGCCCCUCAGUGUGGAGGCCAGCAGUGCUAUGGCAUCAGCGUGGAGGUCGCCAACUGCUCCAGAAACGGAGCCUGGACUCCCUGGACCUCCUGGUCUCCCUGCAGCACCAGCUGCGGCAUCGGCUUCCAGGUCCGACAGCGCUCCUGCAGCAACCCGACCCCUCGCCACGGCGGACGAGUGUGUGUGGGCCAGAACCGCGAGGAGAGGUACUGUAAUGAACACCUGCCCUGCCCGCCACAUGUCUACUGGUCAGCCUGGUCGGCAUGGGAACGCUGCACCCAGCCUUGUGGCGGAGGCAUCCAGUCACGUCGCAGAACCUGUGAGAACGGCAACGACUGUCCCGGGUGUGGUCAGGAGUACCAGUCGUGCAACACCCUGCCAUGUCCCGACCUGAAGAAGACCACGCCCUGGACUCCCUGGACCCCGGUCAACAUCUCUGACAACGGCGGCCACUACGAGCAGCGCUUCCGAUACACUUGCAAAGCGCGCAUCCCGGACCCCAGCCUGCUGGAGGUGGGCAGGCAGAGGAUCGAGAUGCGCUACUGCUCCAGCGAUGGCUCCACGGGCUGCUCCACCGACGGAGAAGUGCUUCGUCUCGGGAGGAUCUCAGGCCACACGGUGAACGGAGGCUGGUCUUCCUGGAGUUCCUGGUCCCAGUGCAGCCGAGACUGCAGCCGGGGAAUCCGCAGCCGAAAGAGGACCUGCAGUAACCCAGAGCCCAGAUACGGAGGACAGACCUGCCUGGGGCCAGCGCAGGAGUAUCAGGAGUGUAAUAUCACCCCUUGUCCAGUGGACGGCAGCUGGUCGUGCUGGUCUUCAUGGUCCAAGUGCUCUGUGACGUGCGGAGGGGGACACUACAUGAGGACGCGAACCUGCAGUAACCCCCCGCCGGCUUACGGAGGGGACAUCUGCCUGGGUCUGCACACUGAGGAGGCACUGUGCAACACACAAGUCUGUCCAGAGAGCUGGUCCAGCUGGUCGGAGUGGUCCCACUGCGACUCCAACGGGGCCCAGAUGCGUGUGCGUCACUGCGACGUCCUGUUUCCCACCGGAAACCAGUGCUUGGGAAACAACAGCGAGACCAGACCGUGCUCCCCUGACUCCAAUUUUAUACCAGAAGUCUCGAUUGCACGCUCCAGCCAAGAGGAGAGGCGCUGUGGAGACUUCAACCUCUUCCACAUGAUCGCCGUGGGGCUCAGCAGCUCCAUCCUCGGCUGCCUGGUCACCCUGCUGGUGUACUCGUACUGCCAGCGCUACCAGCAGCAGUCGCACGACGCCACCGUCAUCCACCCCAUCUCGGCCGCCCCGCUCAACACCAGCAUCACCAACCACAUCAACAAGCUGGACAAGUACGACUCGGUGGAAGCCAUCAAGGCCUUCAACAAAAACAACCUGAUCCUGGAGGAAAGAAAUAAGUACUUCAACCCACAGCUUGCCGGGAAGACAUAUACCAACGCAUACUUCACCGACCUCAACACCUACGAUGACUAUUAACCCUCGAUUCAGCAGUUCAGACUCCAUACCAUAGAGAGGACGCCAACCCUUUCAUCCAUUUUUUUUUGUUGACUGUAUUCUUUUCUGUGUGCUUUGUAUUGAGAUUCGUGACACCAUGCGUGGGAUAGUCCCACUCUUACAUAUGUAAUGUAAAAACAGACACACAGCGUUGCCAACAGAGGGAAAAAUCGCCCACAUUCUCUCAGGUGCCUUGGGGUACGCUCGGAAAGCUCAUAUUUUUUGACUCUCGCUGAGAAACGGACAACUGGAUUUCCCGACGUGGACAAAAAAAAAAAGGGAACAAUUAAGAACUCAAUGAAACUGUGGGAAAAAUGUGAUCCCUUUUAACUUUCCUGUGACGCCUCUGAAAAAAAAAAAGGAAAAAAAAGAAGACCUGUAUUUGUAAUGAUGGGAAAUAACCACAAAACCGCUUUGCAUGACUUCAUCUGACGUGUUUUUCUCUGUUUUCGUUUUGCAUGGUUGGUCGCAUUCCAGGGUUUGGGGGACUCGAGCCUUUUUUCGCUGGUCUUUGGUUCGGGGCUGGUUUUGGAAGUCAUGAAAGCGAAGACUGUGGUGAUGCCUAGUGGCUUUUUACUAUUUACUGCUGCAGCAACCUCCAGACGGAUCAAUAUCAAUCCACCCCCACCCCGAGUCCUCGAAUCAGGAUGUAGAUAUUUGAAGUCUGUGGUCAAGUUUGUCCAUUUCUUUUGUUUUUUUCUUCCUGUUACAGGCUCUCGCAGCUUGCAGUGAUUGAACUUAAAGUUUUUUUUUUGUUUUUUUUUUCAUUUGCUUUUAAAGGUAAAGGUAAAUAUGUUUUGUACAGGAAGUUAAGUUUGAAGCCUAUGUCUGUAGUUUUCUAAAUACAUUUAUUCAAUGUAUCAAGUGUUUAAAGAAUAAAAACAUUUCCUUUUGAAAAAAAGAAAGUUUAUGUGCAUUCUGAAAAUUGGGAGAUUUCUCAUCAGCCCGCAUCGAGUUCAGUCUUUGUCACCGUACUUUUUAUAUUUUUUGUAAAAAAAAAAAAAUAAUAACAAUGAUGUUUUUGAAUUUUGAUAGUGUUCGCUCUUCCUUUUGGCUUCUGAGUUCAGUAUGUAUUUGUGAGAGCAGGAUGUUAAUGGCAUUUACUGUACAGACGGCGCGUAGCAACAAAAAGGUUGUUCUCCUGAACCCCCGACUGGAGUGCUACUCAUAUUACUAUAAGAUGAAAUCCAUUCAUCAAGUUGAGAUAUUUCUGUUUCAGAGUGUAUAACCAAAUAUUAGGUUAUUCAACGGCUCAGUUGCAACUAACUCUUUUUACAUGUUUGCUUGUGUUACUGUGCAUAAAUUAAAAACUGCUUCGUACACAACAGA